AUGAAUACAAACCAUUCUUUGAUUCCACAACUUUUAGCAAGAGAUUUACUUGUAAAAAUAUCUUGUGGGUCCAGUUUUAACUUACCUUCCAUCGAAAAAGUUGGAAUACAUUAUACAAGUAAAAAUGUUUCUGCAGAUCCAAAACAAAGUAUCUUAGCUUUUACCGCUUUGCAGUGUAUUUCUGGACAAACACCUACCGUAGUUCGAGCAAAAAAAGCUGUUGCUACUUUUAAAUUAAAAAAAAAGCAAAUUGUUGGAUGGAAGGUUACACUAAGAAAUAAGUUUAUGUAUAAUUUUCUUAUGCAGUGUAUGAAUAUAGUUUUACCACAAAUAAAACAAUUUAAACGAAUACAAGUGAGUAAAUCUCAACCAAAUGUUCAUUUUGGAAUUGAUCAAGUACUCUUUUUCCCUGCUUUAAAAAAUCAUGUAAAUGUUUUUGAAACAUUAAAUGGCUUUUCAAUUCAUUUACAUACAAAUGCAAAAACAGUUGAAAAUACUUUAUUAAUUUGUAGCGGGAUAAAAUUACCUGUUAAAAUCCAAAACAAAGAGGUAAAUUAA